UUCAAACAGAGGCAAGAAGGAGGAGAGUCGGUGUUUCUCAGUCAGAGCUGAGGCACCGACAGGAGCGCGCGCGGAGGAGGAGACACACACACACACACACACGCAUUUAGAAGCUGCUGGAUCCUUCACUGGGCUUUUUAUCCACUUUGCAUGAACAUCCCGAGGAUCUAAAGAUGUGGACUGAAGUCGGGAAGCUUGUGCUUUUCCAUUUGCUGCUCACGGAGCUCCACUGCGCUAAAGGAACUCCGGAGUUGGAGUGUGAAACCGGCCAGUUUCAGUGCAAGAACGGACGGUGCAUCCCAACCCUGUGGAGAUGUGACGAUGACGACGAUUGUUCGGACAACAGCGACGAGGAGAACUGUCCGAAGAAGACAUGUGCGACUACGGACUUCGCCUGCAAGAACGGCCAGUGUGUUCCUGCUAGGUGGCGCUGUGACGGGGAGCCAGAGUGUGCAGACGGGUCUGAUGAGGCUGACGCAAUCUGCAGCCGACAGACCUGUCCGCCGGAGAAGUUUGAUUGCGGAGGGGCUGCCAGCAAAUGUGUUUCGUUGUCAUGGCGAUGCGAUGGAGAGAGGGACUGUGAGAACGGGGCAGACGAGGAGCAGUGCGCCGCAGAUGCCAAGGCCUGCCCCUUCAAAGAUUACCAGUGCCGUAACGGAAAGUGUUUGGCACCAAUCUUUGUGUGCGACGGCGACGACGACUGUGGGGACGCCAGCGAUGAGGAGAAGUGCUCGGCUCCCACCUGCGGUCAGCACGAGUUCCGUUGCAACGACUCGGAGUGCAUCCCCGCCCUGUGGAGCUGCGACGGGGACCCGGACUGCAAGGACAAGUCGGACGAGUCCAUGGAGCGCUGCAGCCGACGGACGGAGCCCCAGAAGCCUCGCUGCCCGGUGGGCGAGUUCCAGUGCGGGAGCGGGGAGUGUGUCCACAUGAACUGGAAGUGUGAUGGGGAUGCCGACUGCAAGGAUAAAUCUGAUGAAGCAAACUGUCCGCUGCUAACGUGUCGGCCUGAUGAGUUCCAGUGUGGCGACGGCUCCUGUAUCCAUGGCACCAAGCAGUGUAAUAAAGUUCACGACUGUCCGGACUACAGCGAUGAAGCUGGCUGUGUUAACAUUACCAAGUGUGACGGGCCCAGGAAGUUCCGCUGCAAGAACGGCGAGUGCAUCGACAGCAGCAAGGUGUGCGAUAACGUGAAGGACUGCAAGGACUGGUCUGACGAGCCCAUGAAGGAGUGUGGCGUGAACGAGUGUGCGGACAACAAUGGCGGCUGCUCCCAUAUAUGCAGGGACCGCAGAAUCGGUCACGAGUGUGACUGUCCCUCCGGCUACAAACUCCUGGACAAAAAGACUUGUGGAGACAUAGAUGAAUGUGAGAAUCCAGACGCCUGCAGUCAGAUCUGCAUCAACUACAAAGGAGAUUAUAAGUGUGAGUGCUACGAAGGCUACGAGAUGGACCCUGCCUCGAAGACCUGCAAGGCCGUGGGAAAGAGUCCGUACCUCAUGUUCACCAACCGACACGAGAUCCGUCGCAUCGACCUGCUGAAGAGCGAAUACUCACAAGUGGUUCCCACGCUGAAAAACGCUGUGGCCCUGGAUGUAGACGUUUCCACCAACAAGAUGUUCUGGUGUGAUUUAUAUCAUCGUAAAAUAUACAGUGCUUACAUCAACAAGGCCAGUGACUCGUCGCAGCAGGUGACACUCAUCGACUCGCUCCACUCCCCCGAGGGCCUCGCAGUCGACUGGGUCCAUAAGAACAUCUACUGGACGGACUCGGGCAACAAGAGUAUCUCUGUUGCCACGGGAGACGGCAGGAAGAGGAAAGUGCUGAUAGCCACCGAGCUGAGCGAGCCGCGGGCCAUAGCGGUGGAUCCACACCAAGGGUUUAUGUACUGGUCAGACUGGGGAGGUCAGGCCAAAAUUGAGAAGGCUGGGAUGAAUGGAGUGGACCGACAAGUGUUAGUGUCUGAACACAUCGAGUGGCCCAAUGGAAUCACCCUGGACUUGUCCAACAGGCGUCUGUACUGGGUGGACUCCAAGCUGCACUUGCUGUCCAGCGUGGACCUGAAUGGAGACAACCGCAAAGUCCUGCUGUCCUCCCAUCAGCACCUAGGACACCCGUUUGCCCUCAGUGUCUUUGAGGAUCGCAUUUACUGGACGGACCUGGAGGAUGAGGCGAUAUACAGCGCCAACCGGCUGACGGGACAUGAUGUCGCCAAGGUGGCAGAGCACCUCAACAACCCGCUGGACCUCGUGGUGUUUCACGAACAGAGGCAGCCCAAAGCUCCCGACACCUGUAACAUGGGCAGUUUACCCAACGGUGGCUGUGAGUACCUCUGUCUGAAGGCCCCUCAGAUCACAGACCACUCCCCCAAGUACACCUGUGCCUGUCCCGAAGGAAUGGAGCUGGGGCCGGACAUGAGGCGCUGCGCUAUAGUUCGACCCAGAACAACCACGACAGCUGUUCCAACCACAACCACGACAACAGCUCCCACCACGACCACCACAAUGAGCGCCACAACGACAAGCACAACUGUCACCACCACCAGCACCACCAGCACCACCAGCACCACCACCGCAACACCCUCCACGACUCCCCCCACCACAACAAGUACCGCCGCCACCACGCACAGGCCCUCGACCAGACGCCCGACGACAACAUCCUCUCCUCAGAGACCCAGGUCCACCUCUACGGCGCAGGCUCGAACCCCCGCUGCCACGAGCACGGAGACGACCAGCUUCAGCAGCACCAGUCAGACGUCAACGUCCACACGCACGCCAAUGUUAGGCCCCGUGGCCCCGAACAGCAUCCAGAGAGAGAGCAACGGCAACCUCUCCCACAGAGCUGCCAGUGAUCACUACCUCAUAGGUAACAACAUCACAGUAGCUGUUCUGGGGAUAGUCAUUCCUAUCGUCCCUAUCCUUGCCACAGUGGUCAUCGGAUUACUCUGCACCGGCGGCUACCUGGUCUGGCGCAACUGGCGACGCAAGAACACCAAAAGCAUGAAUUUCGACAACCCAGUGUACCGCAAAACCACGGAAGACGACGACGACGAGAUCCACAUCGGGCGACACAGCGAGUCCAUCGGCCACGUCUACCCAGCAGUGAGUGGCGGCCACAGUCAGCCGUUCAUAGCGCUGCCACUAGGGGGCGGCAUCACAGACAGCAACUCUCACUGGUACUCGGGGGCGCCGAUGCUCUCCAGCGGCAAAUGAGAGGAUCUGCGGAGGAAGUGAAGGAGUAUUUGAGAAAUGGGAGGACACGCUGGGGUUUGGAAAAACCUGUGUGUUGUUACAUGUAGGCCUGGUGGAAAGAAAGAGCAGGCUUGCACACGUCCACAUGCUCACACAUCUUUCUUGCCGUAUUCACACACACAUACACACACACACACACAAGCCCUUCACCAGUUCACCAGGGCCCUUCACCUUCAUAGAUCAUAAUCAUACAGUACAUAUGUUUAUCAAUGCCUCAUCCUCAAACCUGGCUUCACAUUUAUCCUUUAUAUAUUUAUUUCCUGACACCAAAAAGGCACAUUUCAUCCUUUGUUUACAAAAAGCUGCUGCAAAAGAAUCACAUUUUUUCUCUGCUUGCUCACUAGACGACAGAAAAUAUGCGCCACGAGGUAGCAAGCUUGUCAAAGUCUGUGUUGUUUUCGCUGCUACAAUAAUCACAGAGGGCCAUCCAUACAUUAAAGGGCCACUGAGGCUUAGAUAAUGACUGUCUGUCUCCAAGCGGUGAAACAGAGAUGUGUGCGCUGCAGCGGCAUCUGUUUAUUAGAGGAGCAAAAGUUAUUUUAGUGUUGAGAUGCCUUUGAGGAGGAAGAGGACUGGCUUUAAAGUCAUCACAGAAGAGAAAGGACAAGUAGAGCACAGGCUUCAACCACACUAUGUAUAAAUUGUUUUUUUAAGACUGCAUAGUAACACCAUGACAUUACCCGUCCCUUAUCUGAAUUAAAUUUUUCAUAUUUCAUCACAGCGUAAAGAAAAGAUAUAUCUGGGAACACAAAUCAGAAACGAGGACAGUCGCAGAGUUGCACACUCAUUGUUGAGGAUCGUUUACGAGGCACAAAGCUGCGUUUUUAUACAAACUCCGGAGACGAUGCCAGCUGCGAUUUGCUCUCACAUGCACUUAGAUGCAGAGUGCACUUGUCAUCAGGACGCUCCACACGUUUAUUGAAUAUAUUUGUUGGUUUUAAGUAUCGGCGAGCGAGUAGGGGAGGGCAGCUAAAAGAGGAUUACGGGGGGGAUGGGAGAGUAGCGCUUUGAUCGGUUGGCAUGGGAACACAGAUUUCUUUGUGUUGCUCCGUAGAGGAAAGAGGCGAAGAAUUCUGGGUAUCACUGGCAUGAUGACAGACUCCAACACACACAUAUGCACAAAACAGGUGCCCGGCUGAGUCGCAUUAAGAUUCAAGGUCGAAGUGGAAGAGAACUCUGCUCUCUCUCUCUCCCUCUCUCUCUCUCUCUUCUCCACCUUCUGUACAAAUCUCUCUUGUAUUGUCAUUCAGUCUUUUGUUGUUUUCUUCCUCCUCUUUUCCUCCUCUUUCCUUUUCCGUGACAAUGUGGCGACUCAGACUGCCAGAGGAAUCAGGUUGGCAUUAUGUGGGCCAGAAAUUUGCAGCUUGUAGGCAUGGGUCCUGCGUUCCUCGCAUAGAAUCAGCCAGAGAAGGAGGGAAAGAGGUAAAGAGGAAGGUCAGGGAAAGUGAGGACUGUCGGAGGAGAGAAACUAAAAUCCAGGCUUCCAUCUAAACUUUAAUCUUCUUCUGUUUUCUUUCUCUGUUUUCUAUCUCGCUACCCUUUCUCUCUCUUUCUCUCUCCAUCACCAGCCUUCUGAGGUAACCGUCUCUUUAUCUGCUGUUUGCAGCGUGUGGCACUCAGUCUGGAGGAUGACGGCUAUCCCUGAGGGGUGGGAUGCAGCCCGCCGCCCCCCCUCCCGGCCCCCAUCCUGGCCCCAUCCAUGGCCCCUCCUCUCACCGCAGCCUCCACACCACUGCAUUGAGGCCAGUCCACCGCAGAGGAGAAAGAGAAGGAGUCCUCAUUUUGCCUUUAAGGAGCAGGGAUGACUCGUACACCUCAGA